CCCAGCUCGAUGUCUCACUGCCGUUUCAUUCCAGCUUUGAAGCAAACUGGAUCUGUUAGAACGGGCGCCGGGCAGCCACUCUUACCGGAAUCGGUUGCUCCGUUGCACCAAAAAACCUAAAGCAACUUCAUCACUCCGAAAUUUUCUCCCGGCCUUCCCUUUUUCCCUCUCGCCGUUCUCUCCACACCAAACCCAUUCCCAAAACCCUACUGGUUUUUUUCCAUCUCUUUCCCUAUUCUCCAACUUCUCGCCGUUGUUCAUCUUCGUUAUUUUCUUCCAACUUCUUGUUAUCCUCCUCCCAACUCCUUGCCAUUUGUGGAUUUCGUCUUUUCUUCUUAUUGCUGAUUCAGGACAAGAAGCGUUUCAGAUUUAAGCAAAUGGAUUCUUCUUUGUAGCUGAGGAUCGUAUCCUAAACGUUCUCGGCGAUUCUACCAUUUGGAUAAGAAAUACUUGGCAGGAUUUUGGGUAACUCAGAUAUGGAUUGUGCACAGAGUAAUAAGCAAUCCAAGGAGCAAUUAGAGAUGGCCCAUAAAGAAACCGAUGUUAUCCUUGAUCGCAGCAACUCCAAUUCUUCAUCUACCUCGGAGUCACGAGACUCAGCUCUUCAACCAAAACCAGAUGUUUUCGAGUUUAUGGGAGCUGUGCAAACAGCGGAGAAUUUGUCUCUGGGUUCUGGUAGAAUCCAGAGUUCUUCUCAGAUUCGAUUAUCGGGGGUGCUUGAAAACCAUGAUCCAAACCGAAUACCUAUAUCGAUCUUCUCUGGUAAACCUUCAAAUCCUAUGGAAUGGAGCACUGCUUCGAAUGAAUCAUUGUUCAGUAUUCAUGUGGGAAACAACAGCUUUUCAAGGGAGAACUUCAAUUUUUUUACCAAGUCUGGAGAAUUGAUGUUGAACCCCAAUUCAUCCCUGAAUCUACCCAGCCUGCCCCCUCUUGUUGAACCACCAAGAGUUGAGAGUAAAACAGGAAUCACAGUGAAUGUCUCGGCUGAACCAGUGACAUCAACUGGACCUCAAAUUCCAGCCAUAUCAGUUCAUCAAAAAGAACCCACCACGACACCUACAGAUGAGCUUCGAGGUCGCCAGAGUGUGUCAAACGACAGCAUCAAUAGCUCUCAUUCGUUUCAGUUCCCACUAUUGGCAAGUGAAGGUGCAACGCCAAAAACAACCAGCUCUGUCUCAACAGACUCAGGUGCAACACCACAACAACAGCCAGUGACGAAGCUGCAAACAAAGAGGCAGCAGUCAAUGAAGCAGGAAUCGCCAGAGCAUGAAUCUCCAUCUCCAUCUCAUGAAAUCACGGCACCGUCUCCGGCCACAAACUCGGGUUCGGGCUGGUUUUCCUGCUUCUCGUGGUGUCGAUGCCGGUGAUGGGAUCUCUGCUCGUUGAAUGUACUACUUGUUUUACGCUCCUAGUUAAUUAGUUCUUUCAAAUUGAAAGGAAAAAAGACAAACAACAUGAGCUACAGUUGAUUACUGUAAUCCUUAAUGAGUUACAUCAGAAGGAUUAGCAGUUGAUUAUUUUUUUCUCAUUAAAUCAUACAA